AUGACUCUAUACCAGGAUAAAAUAUCGCGAACUAAUCUUACCGACACCGGUGCUGGAAUGUCUAGGCAUUCAAAAUCGAAAAUGCCCUUUUUAGGGCCACCUCCGCCAGCAAUUAAUGUGAUAACACAAAAUAUCGAAGGCUUUUCUGUGACUAAAGGUGAGUUUCUUGCUUCACUUUGUAAGCACAGGGGUGCGACGUAUUAUGUGUCCAAGAAACGCACAAGGAUGAGGCUAGCGUUAGGCCAAAAAUACUGGGAAUGA